AUGGCUAUCGAAUCGAAAAUUACUGACGUUGAAAAGAUUGCUGUGAUUGGAAGCGGAAACUGGGGUACCGCAAUUGCAAGAAUCAUUGGAGUGAAUGUCGUUCAACUAAAAGGAUUCGAUCGUGAGGUUAAGAUGUGGGUAUUUGAAGAGACGGUAGGUGGAAGGAAUUUGACCGAGUUGAUAAACGAAAAGCAUGAAAACGUAAAAUAUUUGCCAGGAUUCAAAAUUCCUGAAAAUGUUAAAGCCGUACCUGAUCUCUUGGAAACCAUCAAAGAUGCUACUAUUUUAGUAUUCGUUAUUCCUCAUCAGUUCUUGCACGAUGUAUGUGAUCAAUUAAAGGGAAAGGUUCAUAUAAAGGCCAAAGCGAUCACUUUAAUAAAAGGUUUCGAUAUCUCAGACACGGGCAUACGUCCAAUGUCAGAGGUAAUCCACGAAGUUUUAAAAGUACCGGUUUGUACACUCUCGGGUGCAAACAUUGCCAAUGAGAUCGCGGCGGAGAAAUUUUCAGAGACAACCAUCGGAUAUCGAAAUCGUCAAGAAGGAGAAUUAUUUAAAAGAUUAUUUGAAACAAAAUAUUAUAGGGUUGGUAUAGUUGAUGACGUUGUAGGGGUUGAAUUGUGUGGAGCGUUAAAAAAUGUCGUCGCUAUAGGUGCGGGGAUAAUUGAUGGGUUGAAAAUGGGUGAUAACACUAAAGCCGCCAUCAUUCGAAUCGGUUUAUUAGAAAUGAAAAAAUUUAUUAAAAUGUUUUAUAAGGGUAUUAAGGAUGAAACCUUUUUCGAAAGUUGUGGUAUCGCUGAUGUAAUCACUUCUUGUUAUGGUGGUAGAAAUCGAAAGGUGGCCGAGGCGCACGUUCUCACAGGAAAGUCGUUCGAUCAAUUAGAGAAAGAACUCCUUAAUGGUCAAAAAUUACAAGGGACGCUUACCGCGAAAGAACUCAACAUGGUUUUGAAACGAAAAGGAUUAGAGCGGGAAUUCCCUCUAUUCACAACCAUUUAUAAGAUCUCAUUUGAUGGUGCAGCUCCUCAAAAAAUUGUUGAAGAUAUCAUUUAG